GGGGAGAGAGGGAGGCUCCCUGCAGCUGUCUGGAGCGGGCGGCACUGGUACAGCCCCUCGGACACCCAGAGGGAGUCUACAUCGGUGUCCUUGACCAGCGGACGGGUGACAGCAGCAAUGUCUGUGGCAUCGGACCGGCCCCGCAGUGGCCUCAGCCUCGGCUCCAGUGUCGGCACCAUCGCCUCCCUCGCUAACCCGCUGGGGUCAAAGCCCCUCCGACCACUGAGGAAGGUGCACAACUUCGGCAAGAGGGAGCAGGCGAUCAAACGGGACCCCAACUCUGCCACCGUGAUGCGGGGCUGGUUGCACAAACAGGACAGCUCUGGGCUGAAGCUGUGGAAACGAAGAUGGUUCGUCCUGUCUGACUUCUGUCUCUUCUACUACCGAGACAGUCGGGAAGAACGGAUCCUGGGGAGCAUUCCAAUGCCGAGUUACAACAUCUCAGCGAUCGACCCACAAGAUCGGAAGAACCGGAAAUUUGCUUUCAAGGCUGAGCACCCGGGAAUGAGGACGUACUGCUUCAGCGCUGACACUCAGGACGACAUGAAUGGAUGGAUCAGGGCCAUGGGCCAGUCGGCACGCGUGGAGACUGACUUCACCGGCUUCCACUCGACCAAGGUUUCAAAGCCCGUUCCCCAGGAGCGUCAAUAUUGCAGCUACAAAGAUCUCACCGAAUCGGCCCUCCAGCACAACAACGCCCAAAGUGCUGAGUCGCUGGAGAUCGCCAACCUCUCCAAGGCGGACCCCUGGGUCAAGCUGCAAGAGGAGGCGGGGACGGAAGCACGCCGGCACGGGUCCCUGCUUCCCACCGACAGCCACCGAGCGGAUACAUCAUUCACCAUCUCCCUGGAGCGGCUGACGCCACCGGCCCGCAACGGCGCUGUACCCCCUCCCACUCCCACCAGCGCCUUCCACAGCGCGGUGUUCAACUUCGAGGGCAGCCCCAAGCCUGAGCUCACGGCCAGGGACGUCCAGAGAACCACCUCGCUUUCGCAUGUCGAACAGUGGGUUCAGUCGCAGAAGGAGGAGCUGCCAGACGGAGAGGAGGACGAGCAGUACCUGGUGACCACGCAGUCCGGCCAUGUGUACGAGUGUCUGGUCGAUGGCUUCCCCAUCUCCUCGGUCAACUCUCGGCUCCACUCCGGCCGCUCCACGCCCACGGAGGGCGGCCGGCGACGGGAGGCGGUGGCGGGGCCGGGGGAGAGGCCUCGCCCCCCGGGCCUCGCCUCGUACCGCUGCAGCUCGCUGCCUCCCGCCGCCCCCGGCCCCCCGUCCGCGCCUCCCCGCUACCAGGUGCUGCGGCGCUCGCUCACCCCCGACGGCCGCUACCUGUCCACCCACCACCGGCCUUGCGUUACUCCCACCCCGCCGGCCUCCCGGCCCCCCACGGGCCUCCACCCCCGCGUAGAGGCGCCGCCGCCCGGCCUACUCCCCCCCUGCAGCCGAGGCCCGACUAGGCCUCACACCCCGGUGGGCCGCAUCGACGUCCUCCCCCCUCAGCAGCCGGCGGUGGCGGCGGGCAACGGUCACCUCCAGCCCGGCCUCCUCACGGCCAGAGUCCGAGGACAGGCCUCGAGGCCGCAGACUCCCGCCAGCCGGCUCGACGUACUGCCCACGGACGAUCACCACGGCCUCCCGCCCCUCCACACGCUGAGGAGCCGCCACAGGCCCGGGGAUCGGCCGCCUCUCGACGAGAGGGACUCGGUGUCGAUGGCCACCUUGUCCAGCAGAUGCUACAGGCCCUGCCCCAGGCUCCUGUACCCGCCUCACAGCCCCGUGGACAGGACCAGGGACCGCUCCCUCAGCAGACACAGGCCUCCAUCGUUUGCUGUCGGGUACCCACCGCAUGCUCCGUCGAUCAGCUCGCCCUGGGGAAGUGCUCUGAGACUGUCGGCAGCAGCGGGAAGCUGUUCCAGCUUCAUCCAGCUCCCCCCUCGACCUCCCACCUCGCCUCGGGCCGGCUUCGUUCCUGUGCUGCCCGCGGUCCGGAGACUCUCCCUCGCCCCCUCCGUCAAUGGAGGUGCUGUCGAGAUCUACCCGGAAUUUACAGCGGAACCCAUCAAAAUGGCUGAGAGUGAAGUUGAUGUGCUGUUGACCAGGUUGUGCGGGCAGGACAGAGUUCUCCAGGGACUUGUGGCCGAAGCAACUCCACUCAAGAUAGAGAAGGACAAGCUGGAGGGAGCUCUGGAAGUGACCCGUGGCCAGUUGGCGGAGUUUGGGGGGCAGCAGAGCAUCGGGAAGAGGUUACUGUGGCAGCAGCAGAUUCUGCAGGAGGAGCUGAUCCAGACCCGGGCCAGGCUCUGCGACCUCUCCAUGGAAAUGGAGCAGGCUUGGAGCGAGUACGAGUUCCUGGAGGAGGAGCUGGAGUGUCUCCGAGCCCCCCGAGAGCUGAUGAGCCGUUGUGGGGACCAACAGGAGCGAGCAGCAGCCCAGCGGGACCUCUGGAUGAUGCAGGACGUGAUGCUGGGCCUCCGCAACAACAAAAACAACUUCCACGUUGCAAUAGAGUCGACCAGGCACCCAGCCAUGGCAUUUGCCGUGUCUCCGAUCCUUGACCAUCAUUCCCUGCUGCCAGUGGACUCCCUGCAAAGUGUGUCGCCGCUGCCAUCUCCAGGCUCGAGGCAGCCAACGGCCCACUACGGGCCGCUCCUGGGAGUGGAGGAUGCCCCAUGUCGGCCACCCCUCCCCCAGGCGCCGUAUCACGACGAGCGUACCACCUCUGCCCGCGUGGAGACUGAACCGGCAUCGCCGGUAGCCCAGAGGGAACAGAAGCACCAGGAUCAGGGCGAUCUCCAGCCUCAACCCUCCGUGACAAACGGACAAUGCAAGGAGCAACUGGAGUUGACCGUCGGGGGUCCAGGGAGGAGACCGAGGAUGAGCGCGGAGGAGCAGAUGGAGAGGAUGAAACGACACCUCCAAGCCCGGAGCCAGGACAGGGACAGACCCAGGACAGCCAGGGCAGCCCAGAGGAGCGUUGUGGUGUCGCCAGUUGCGAGGGGACCAGUGACGGAGCAGAAGUCGGGGACUCCAGGAUCCCACCCAGGGAUCUUUCUGGGCAAAAGACAACAGACCAGCCAUUUAUCGUGGUCCCCGCUCACUACCAGCGCAGUGGCCUCACAAAACAGCCCUGGAAACAGCCCCACUGUCAGGGCACAGACCGCAGCAACGGAGACACCGGGAGCACCGCGCGUGGUCACGUCAAGCAAGCUGGUGACAAAGAUACUGCCACCUCCCGCAAGGGUGGAGAACCAGGCGAGAGAAAACAACCGCCUGGUCAGGAAAGAGUGUAAACCCAGUCAAGUCACAUUGACGUCUCGCUACAUUGAUGUGGACCCUGACCCACCCUUCAGCCCAGGGCAACUGCAAGAGAAGCAAAGAACACCAGAGGAGGUGAAGACUGUGAUCACCAAGCCCAGUCCCCGUGUCGAGGGCAGCUGGUCCCCCCCUGACCGAUCCACACACCCGGCAGAAGGAGAGAGGCAUCGGAUUGUUAGCCUGUCCUUCGCACUCGCCACUGAAGCCUGCCAACGCAGACAGAUCAUGGCAGCUAAAACCCUAGCCGAGCUGGAGAAGUGGGACGAGGUGAAAACCAGUGAGAGGGUGAAGGACAGAAGGCGGCCAGAUGAUGGCGACUCGGAGGUGAAGCUGGACAGAAACCUCCUUGCUUUAUCGGGACACAGAGUGGCAGCCAAUGCAAACUCAGGGUAUCGUCAAGAAUUGGACAAUUCAAAUUCAGGAUAGGCGUCCCCUGUCUCGGAGCCAAAUGACAACAGGGAAGGGAGCAACCAAUGUUCUGGAAGACAAAGAACCCCCACUGACCCCAAGACUAAUGUAUGAGUGGGGGCAGGAUCUCACCUUGGGAGAAGGUGACAACUCUGCUGCCAGUCUGAACCCCAGAGGCAGUGAAUCGGUGUUCAACAGGCAGGUUGUUAAAUAACCUCAGUCCCGUUGUGGUGGUGGUAGAUUGCUGUCUUGGUCUGGAGCAACUGGUUGGAGAGGUCGUGGCAAGCAAGACAGCGAUAGUAGCCAGACUGCCCAAGAAUGGGGCAGCCUGUGAGAUCUGUUGAGACCAACUCCCCUCACUCAGUCUCCUAGCGACUCAUUGAAUCUCCAAGACCAUGCUCCUCGUUGCUCACUUUGGUAUAUCCACCCCAUCUCAGUCAGAAGGUAACCUCUGCCAGUGAAGGACUCCUGCCUUGGGGGGGGGGGCUUGGCUGCAGAACAAAGACUGGAGGGAUUGAAGUGACCCAGCUUGUCCUUAGAAUCAAAGUGAGAUUUCACUGUUGCUUCUGAUCAGUUUCCCACCUCACACAUUGAUGAAGGAUCAGCCCAGAUUGCAGAGCGGGUCUGGUGAUCUGACCAUUGUUAGGUUGGUGGUAUCAGUCUCUGCAUCUGGGGAGGGUCUUUAACUGCUCAGUUGCUGGGUUAAAAUGUCAGACAUCCUAGAGAUUCGUUCCCCCACCCUCAACUCUCCCGUCCAGUAACUCCCUACAUAUGGGGCUCAUUGCCUUUAACUCCCCCGCCCCACACUAUGUAUCACUAACCCUUCACCUUGGACACUUCAGAGAUCAGCCUUGAUCCCACAUAGACAAAACUAUGCACAGUUCUGAACUAAUCAGCUCUCAGCUGUAAUAUUUUAAAAUCAAUGCAUUUCAAUUAACAUACAACUAAGUUCAUAAAGAGCGUGCAACACCAUGAGAGGAAUAGAUCGGGUAGACGCACACAAAGUAAGAGGGCAGAGGGCAUCGGUUUAAGGUGAAUGGGGAAAGAUUUAACAAGAAGCUGAGAGGUAACUUUGUCACACAAAGGGUGGUGGGUGUAUGGAGUGAGCUGCCGGAGGAGGUGGUCAAGGCUGGGACCAUCGCAAACUUGAAGAAGCACUUGGACAGGUACAUGGAUAGGAUAGGUUUAGAGGGAUAUGGGCCAAACCCAGGCGGGUGAGAAUAAUAUAGAUGGGACAUGUGGGUCGGUAUGGGCACGUUGGGCCGAAGGGCCUGUUUGUACACUGUAUGACUGGAAAACAGCAGCAUCUGUGGAAACCGUUCAUGUUUCAGCUUUUGUUCAUCGUUGUCAUGUGUAGUCUUUUGGCUGACUGGAUAGCAGGCAACAAGAAAGCUUUUCACUGUACCUGAGGUUGUAUGAUUACAGUCGAGCCAUCGACGGGGCAAAGUCCAGGUCAACGGCUUUGUGUUGGAACAGCGACAUGUUUGAGUGUUAAAAGCAAGUCCGGAAACCGGGAGAAAAGGAGGUGAAGAGAGUGUGAGAAGACACGUGUUGGAGAGAGGCCAGGUGGGAUAGAAUGAGAGAGGACGGAAGAAUGGUGCAAGGCAGGAGAGGGUGAAUAAUAAAGUGAGUGGAUGGGUCAGGGGCACGGUGGGGUGGAGUGGAAGAAUGGUGACCAGUAUCUGUAACAUGAGAAACUAAAGUAAUGUCACAGGUUGAGUCAGUAAUGUGCUCGCCGUCACCCAAACCCACCAAGUUACUACUUCUGGAAGUUUCUGUUAUGUUUGUACGGUCGGGGAAUUGGGAAUUGCAAUCGCAGAAAGCACAGCGGAAAUCUCCACUUCACAUUAGUUCCUGCCCAGAAUUGCCCCUGAGAAGAUGGGGUACCAGGCUUUUUAUUUUUUGAAUUUGUUUUAUUAGAAGCAGUUGUACAGGGGUCAGGAUAUCGACAUAACAGUGAUACAACUAUUGUAAAGCUUCAUUUUUAACAUUGAAACCUACAUUUAAAAAAAAAAAAAGAAAAAAAAAGAGAGGAAAAAGAAGAGGAUGAAUAAAGAGAAGUACAAUAAAAAAAAGCAAGAAAAAGACCCCUAAACUACUAAAGAAAUGCAAGAGGAAAGACUGUUCUGUAGUUGCAGAAAUUCAGUGAAAGGCAACCAUGUCUUGAGAAACUGAUCUGCUUUUUCAGCCAAGACAAGCCGACAUUUUCCAAAUGUAGUGUCCCAGACAAAUCAGUAAUCGGUACGAAGCUUUUGUUUAGCUGCUGGAGUUGUGUUGUGAAGGCAGCAUAGUGCUGUUGGCAGGGAGUGCUCAGAGCCUUUGGCCAUAAUGAUCAGGGAGCAACGUUAUAUUUUUUCAGGUCAGGAUGCAAG